AAACUGUUCUUUAUAACUCUCUCUCUCUCUCUCUCUCUCUCUCUAUAUAUAUAUAUAUAUAUAUAUACGCUGUCCGGAGGGGUCAUCGACGGAAUAGGAAAGGAGAAAUGACAGACCGGUACUUUGAGAAUUUCAUGCGAGAGGAAACAUCAACAGUAGAAGGAGCUGAUGAAGAAGAACGAAGCGUGGGUCUUCAUAAAGAGUCUCAAGAUUCUCUCUUGAAACUUCUUUCUAUGCCUUACCCUACUCUCUCUGCCAGACUCAAAAGUGCCGCUAUAGAUCUCAAACAAACUGUUGUAGGGAAAACAUGGGGGUUCACUCUUGAAAGAAAUCGAAGAAUAAGUGACUUUACUCUUUAUACUGGUGCUCUGGGUACUGCUUUCUUGCUCUUCAAAUCCUUUCAAGUGACUGACAACAGGAAUGAUCUCAAUCUCUGUUCUGAGAUCAUCAAAGCUUGUGACCCUGCUUCUUUACACGCCAGGGCUGUAACGUUUAUAUGUGGACGGGUAGGAGUUUGUGCACUUGGUGCCGUUGUGGCAAAGCAUCAAGCAAAUCAGCAGAUGCUUGAAUACUAUUUGGCCGAAUUCAAAGGGAUUAAAGUAAAUGAAGAUCACCCAGAUGAACUGUUAUAUGGGAAACUUGGAUUCUUAUGGGCAUGUCUGUUCUUGAACAAGAACUUAGGUGAUGGAGUGAUUCCUUCCACCUUCACCCGUGCACUCGUGAAUAAGGUAAUAAAAAAUGGAAGAAAAUUGGGUGUCGGAUCAAGAUGCCCGUUGAUGUUCAAGUGGUUCGGUCAGAGAUUCUGGGGUGCUGCCCAUGGUUUGGCUGGGAAUAUGUAUGUUUUGAUGCAUUUCGACCUGCCGUCAGAUGUAGUCGAGGAUAUCAAGAAGACCCUCAAGUACAUGAUUGAAAACAGGUUCCCUAGUGGGAACUAUCCCUCUUCUGAAGAAGAGAAUACUAGCGACCUUCUUGUACAUUGGUGUCAUGGAGCACCUGGAAUGGCCCUCACCCUAGUCAAAGCGGCUGAGAUAUUUGAUGAUAAAGAGUUUCUGGAAGCGGCCAUUGAUGCAGCGGAAGUUGUCUGGAAACGUGGGUUGCUGAAACGAGUUGGCCUUUGUCAUGGCAUCAGCGGGAAUGCGUAUGUGUUCCUCUCACUUUUCCGCUUAACUGGGAACGUUGAGUUCUUAUACCGGGCAAAGGCGUUUGCUUGUUUUUUACUGGAUAGAGCCGGGAAGCUGAUAUCGGAAGGGGAAAUGCAUGGAGGUGAUAAUCGGUACUCGUUGUUUGAAGGAGUUGGAGGUAUGGCGUAUCUCUUCCUGGACAUGAUUGAUCCUGCUAAUGCUAGAUUUCCUGGCCAUGAACUUUGAAAAUGUAUGUAUACAAUCUGUUUAGAUGAAGAAAACAAAACAGGAAUCUUGAAUGUAUAAUAACUAAGGGCUGUUUACUAAACGCUUACUUGGUAA